AUGGCAGCCACCACAGGCUCAGGAGUAAAAGUCCCUCACAAUUUCCGACUGUUGGAAGAGCUCAAAGAAGGUCAGAAAGGAGUAGGAGAUGGCACAGUUAGCUGGGGUCUAGAAGAUGAAGACAUGACACUUACAAGAUGGACAGGGAUGAUAAUUGGGACUCCAAGAGUGGACCCAAGAGCCAUAACAGUGCUAACAAAAUGACAGAAUUCAUAGAGCAACAAAGUUGUCCUGCAACAGCUUCAGCGCUUAAUGAUGUCUAAAGAAAAUAUGAAACUCCCUCAGCUGCCUGAAGGACAGAGUUACAGCAAAUAA